AUGCAUUUGAUGUACACUUUGGGCCCGGAUGGCAAACGUGUGUACACGUUGAAGAAGCUGAACGACGAGGGUGAAAUUACCAAAUCUGCGCACCCAGCUAGAUUUUCUCCUGACGACAAGUACUCAAGACAGAGAGUGACGUUGAAGAAGAGAUUUGGUAUGAUUCCAAACUGA